AUGUUUACGAUACUCCCUGCAUGUCAAGUCGCUCAAAAUGAAGUUCGUAUUUCUUAUUGCCACGGCGGCGUCGCGUUACAACAAGUCGUCAGUUGUGUUUCAUUGCUUCCAGAACCACGCCAAGGUACGAACUACAUUUCAGGCAAUGGGCGAAAUGACCAAGCAGUCUUGUGGUAUAGAGACACGUUGCAGUUGGACAUGACCGAAUGGCGGAUUACCGACGUCAGAGGAAACCGAUACACUUUACGCUUGAGAAAAGUGCAAAAGACCGAUUUUGGCAAUUAUUCUUGUGUGGCCGAUAAUGGACUUGGCAAAAGCAAACGAUCCAUCGAAGUGACUGGAAGACCAGACGUAGCGGUCAUUACCAGCUCGAAACAAAGCCGUUCGAAAAAUUCGUACGAAAUGUUAUGGACAGUGAAAAGUUACAGCCCGAUUAUAGAAUACAAAUUGCUAUACCGUCAGGAUAAGACAAAUAAGAGCAACCAAGAAAUCCAGUAUAAACGUCCCAUGAGAAGAUGGAACGAUGGUUGGAUAGAACUGUUGCUUAACCCUGCAUCCACCGAUCAAUUGGAAAAGAGCCGGACUGAAACCAUCCGAGACUUGGACCCUGGCACCAAAUACGAAGCAACCGUUCAAUCCAGAAACCGCUAUGGUUGGAGCGAAGUUUCCCAAUCUUUCUUCUUCACCACCAGCACAAAGAACGAAGCACACCCAGGCAAUUCAGUUCUUUCAGACCCAGAAUUGAGAGACAUGAGCAUCACCGCUAUUAACAACAAGGCGGCUCCUAAGACCAUCCAGACUCCAUUGCUUUGCAUCAUGGCCAUGGUCACCUACUAUCUUGCUUAA